CGCCGCCUCAUCUCCAUGUGCAACACGACAGCCAAAUGCGUGGAAGACCUGUCGGGCCGGGCCCGCCUCCUGCUCGUCAGCCGCCGCAGGGGAAACUAUAAAGGCGGACGCCAGGCCGCCAGUCAAAGCAGAGGCAGAAGGAGACGCGCGAGCAUGAAGGACGACUUAGCCAACUGGAGCGCGGCAAUGGCCGACUCCGCCAAAGCCGCGCAUCCGUCCAAAGAGGAAAAAAACAUGGGGAGAAACUGGAAAAACAGAAUCGGACUACUCUUGAAGACCAACUCAGCCCCUUCAAUCUCAAAUCGAAUGAAGACCAAAUGGCACAGGCCGACGGUGGAUGACGUGACGCAGUGGGCGCAGUCGCUCGACAACCUCCUGGCUCAUAAAUAUGGAAAGACGGCCUUUUGCGUCUUCCUGAAGAGCGAGUUCUGCGAGGAGAACAUGGAGUUUUGGAACGCCUGCGAGGACCUGAGGACGCUGUCGUCGCAUCAAGAGCUGACGUCCAAGGCCAACAGCAUUUACGAGGAGUUCAUUAAAAACGAAGCUCCCAAAGAGGUCAACCUGGACUUUUCCACCAAAAACAAAAUCACGGAAAAUCUCAAGGAGCCCAACGUGGCCAGCUUUCUAGCGGCCCAGCGAAAAGUCUACAGCCUGAUGGAGAACAACUCCUACCCGAGGUUCAUCCACUCGGAGCUCUACAAUCAACUGUUGGCGGCCGCCAGACGGCGACGGCGCUGAAAGUCGACCGAACGGCAGCAUUGCUGCCUGGAGCCUGAAACCGUUUCCGAGCAUCAACACUCGCGACAAGAGUGGAACACACAACUGAAGCCGUUUUAAGCUUCCCUUCAUUCAAUUUUUUUAACAUUCAUAUGAUGAUGUUACGACCGGUUACGAUUCACGUUGAUUUCCUGUGAUAUUCGCUUUGAUACUAUGACGACAGACAAUGUGAUUUUGGAUUUAUGAUUAUUUAUUUUUUUUGGGGGGGGGGGGGGUGUACUUGCUGCAUUUGUGAGCAGCAUUGCAGAUGCAAGGAGUAUUUGUAUUUCUACUUGGAAUGAUUGUAUGGAUUUUGUUCUUUUGAUAUUUCGGUACAUUUGUGAAAGCACCAUAGAAUUAAAAUAUUGGGUUUUUUUUCAGUGUU